AAGCGAGCAGCCUCCUUAAGAGCCCAGCAGCGAGCGAGAAUUCAGACAGCAGCAGUCUCCCCAGUUCCUGUUUCCGCCACGACUCCAGACGCACAUCGCCACAAAGCAUCAAUUUCAAUAAAGCAUACGCGCUUUGGAGAUACCCGUAUUCUCGUGCGAAAACAAGGAGGAGAGAGAACCGUCCGCAUGUGUCACAGCUAAGCAUAUUUAUGGGACGCAUAGUCUGAGGCAGAAAUCCUUGGAGACGCCCUGCAGGAAGAGGAACUAAUCUGAGCCAUCAGUCCUCUGAAGUUCUCAGAGGAUCUCGAAGCAGGGGGAAACAAGAUCCGGGCAUACUCGAACGCUCCGCUUCUUCUCCCCGAGGGGCCGCUGCCAUGAUAUAACCUCUGAACGACUACACGCACGCAAGAAACGCCCCAUCGACUCCUGACAUUCACCCUCUGCUGUGGAGGAGCCUUGAGGUGGUGCGUUGCUGCUGGGGUGAGCAUGCCUCAGACUCCUGUGUUGUGAAAGGAGUGUGUUCUGGGCAGCAGUAGGCGCCAUGCGUCCCUGGACGGGCUCGUGGCGCUGGAUUAUGCUAGUGCUGCUGGCCUGGGGCACGCUGCUUUUCUACAUCGGGGGUCACCUUGUGCGGGACAAUGAUCAUCCGGAACGGUCCAGCAGGGAGCUCUCCAAGAUCCUGGCCAAACUGGAGAGGCUGAAACAGCAGAAUGAAGAUCUGAGACGUAUGGCCGAGACGCUCAGGUUGCCUGACGGACAGGCUGACGCUGGUCCUGGAGCCGUGGGGAAAUUACGCAACCUUGAAGAGCAACUGAUCAGAGCUAAGGAGAAGAUCAACUCUUACCGCAGUCUCCCGGCUGAUGGCCCAGGAAAAGAUCAGGAGGAGCUGAGGAGGAAGGUCGAGAACGGCGUUAGAGAACUGUGGUAUUUCGUACGCAGCGAGGUGAAGAAACUGCCGCAGGUGGAGACUGGAGCUCUGCAGAAACAUGUCGACACUCUCCUACAGGACCUGGGACACCAGCAGAGGUCCAUCAUGACAGACCUGUAUCAUCUGAGCCAGGCAGACGGCGCUGGAGAUUGGAGAGAGAAGGAGGCCACAGAACUCUCCGACCUAGUGCAGAACAGAAUUACGUACCUACAGAACCCACAGGACUGCAGUAAAGCGCGCAAGCUGGUGUGUAACAUCAAUAAAGGUUGUGGUUACGGUUGCCAGCUCCAUCAUGUGGUUUACUGCUUCAUGAUCGCCUAUGGCACGCAGCGGACGCUCAUACUGGAGUCACAGAACUGGCGUUACGCUACCGGCGGCUGGGAAACGGUCUUUAAACCUGUGAGCGAAACCUGUACAGAUCGUACCGGCGCUUCUACAGGACACUGGUCUGGUGAGGCUAACGAUCGGGACGUUCAGGUUAUCGAGUUGCCCAUCGUGGACAGCCUCCACCCGCGCCCCCCUUACCUGCCCCUGGCCAUCCCGGAGGACUUGGCAGACCGGCUGCAGAGGCUUCAUGGAGAUCCGCCCGUGUGGUGGGUUUCUCAGUUUGUCAAGUACCUGAUCCGCCCUCAGGCCUGGCUGAUGAAGGAAAUGGAAGAGGCCACUGUCAAGCUGGGAUUUAAGCAUCCCAUUAUAGGGGUGCAUGUGCGGCGGACAGAUAAGGUGGGGACGGAGGCUGCCUUCCACCCCAUAGAGGAGUACAUGGUGCAUGUGGAGGACCAUUACAAGAGCCUGGCCCAGCGCAUGCACGUGGAUAAGAAACGCGUUUACCUCGCCACCGAUGACCCCUCUCUACUGCAGGAGGCCAAGACCAAAUAUCCUGAUUAUGAGUUCAUAAGUGAUAAUUCAAUUUCAUGGUCGGCUGGGCUACACAACCGCUACACUGAAAAUUCUCUGCGAGGAGUCAUCCUGGAUAUCCACUUCCUGUCUAGGACCAACUUCCUCGUGUGCACCUUUUCCUCACAGGUGUGUCGAGUGGCCUACGAGAUCAUGCAAAUUCUCCACCCGGAUGCCUCUUCCUUCUUCUACUCCCUCGACGACGUCUACUACUUCGGCGGCCAGAACGCCCACAACCAGAUCGCCAUCCACCCUCACCAGCCGCGAAGCAGCGACGACAUCCCUCUGGAGCCCGGAGAUGUGAUCGGCGUAGCGGGCAAUCACUGGGACGGGUUUUCCAAGGGCAUCAACCGCAAGACGGGCCGCACCGGUUUGUACCCGUCCUAUAAAGUCAAAGAGAAAAUCGAGACUGUGAAGUAUCCGACAUACCCAGAGGCGGACAAACUGAUCAAGAAGCAGUAACGGUAUAAAUACUUGUGUACUGAAAUGAGGAAACCCUGGACCACCCGGACGGGAAUGCACUUUGUGUGUGUGAAUGUGUAUGAAUGUAUUCAUGCGUGUAUGUGUGUGUGUGUGUGUAGUCUAGGGCUUCAUUACAGGGUUUCGGACACGUCCUUAACCCUGGUGCUUGGACUUUGAGUCCCUCGGAAAUGGCUAUCAGGGUCAUGGAUGACAAAAGGAAUAAAAAACAAAGAGGAAGAACUUGACAACAAACAGAAGGCACUGUACUGUAGGUACUGUCUAAUUAAUAUCCGGUUAAUGAAGGGAACUGAUACGUUUAUUUAAGAACACAACUGGACGACUCUGCAACCCCUUGAACUGAUCAUGAAAAUAAAAAUGAGGACCCGGUUACUCUUUUCCUCCUAUGCUCUUAUACCUCCUUGUGCACAAUGAUGGCAUUCUGUACUCUAGUCGCACUUCACCCGUUUCUCUUCGCCAACUGAUACUCCACAGCCAUGAGCUUUUAAUUUCCACUGCCAUACUGUGCUUUUAAAUGUGACUUCUUGCUGUUUUUAAUUUUCAUUGUAUGGUUUAUCAUGUGUUUGUAUGUGCGUUUGGAAAACGGUGCCUGUUAGGGCGGACGACUGACUUUUAGGAAUUCUGUGAUAUUUGACUCUGGAGCCUUACGGACCAGCCUUUUCACGCGGAUUUACACUCCACUCCCCCUUUCCACAAGGUGUCUUAUCCACACGCACCCACCCCUCCAUCAUGUUUUUUAGGAAAUCAUUUUAUGUUGUUGCGUUUUAAAAUACAAAAGAGAUAAGAUGAGAAAAAUGAUAUGUAAUAUGAAGAUAAUGAAACUAAUAUUAUUAAUAAUGAUAUGAGAUGAGAACGAGUAAUUAUAGGAACAGUGACACUUGUUGUCAUUGAACGUUUUAGCUAACCAUGAAGGAAUUGUUCAUUGUUUUAUGUUUGCGGGCAUUGUCUUUGGUGAGCAGAUCAAAUAAACUUGAUCGGCCAAA